CACAGAAUAGGGUCCCCCGGAGCCGGCCUUCCCAGGGGUGGUGGGGGAGGAGGCCUGGGCCUGCGGGCCACGAGCAGUCGGGGAUCCACUGGCGGGCAGGACAGAGCACAGGGCCAGGCGCGGGCGGCGGCGCGAGCUGGGCGGGUGAGCCCAGCGCUCCCUCCUUAUGGCCCGGAGCCGGCCGCGGAGGCGGCGGCGGCGCUGACAGGCUCGGGGCGGGGCGGCCGGGGGCCUUGGGCCCAGGGGAAGAUGAGCGCCCUCCUAGAGCAGAAGGAGCAGCAGGAGAGGCUGCGGGAGGCCGCGGCCUUGGGGGACAUUCGGGAGGUGCAAAAACUGGUGGAGAGCGGGGUGGAUGUGAACUCCCAAAAUGAGGUCAACGGCUGUCAUUCUUUUUCAUUUCUUUGGGACAGGACCUGUUUACACUGGGCAUGUAAACGCAACCAUGGGCAGGUGGUCUCUUACCUACUAAAAUCAGGAGCUGACAAAGAGAUUCUUACCACGAAAGGAGAAAUGCCAGUGCAAUUAACAUCCAGGAGAGAAAUCAGGAAGAUUAUGGGAGUGGAAGAAGAUGAUGACGACGAUGACCUCCCCCAGAUAAAGAAGGAGUCAGAACUGCCCUUUGUUCCCAACUAUUUGGCCAACCCAGCCUUCCCUUUUAUCUAUACCCCCACAGCAGAAGAUUCAGCCCCACUGCAGAAUGGGGGCCCAUCCAUACCCCCAGCGUCACCCCCUGUGGAUGGCUCGCCUCCAUUGCUGCCCCCUGGGGAACCCCCACUGUUAGGGGCCUUUCCCAGGGAUCACACCUCUUUGGCACUGGUUCAGAAUGGUGAUGUUUCUGCCCCCUCUGCCAUACUCAGAACACCAGAAAGCACAAAACCGGGUCCUGUUUGCCAGCCACCAGUGAGUCAGAGCCGCUCCCUGUUCUCUUCUGUUCCAACCAAGCCACCUGUGUCUCUAGAGCCUCAAAACGGGACAUAUGCAGGACCAGUGCCGGCAUUCCAGCCAUUUUUCUUCACUGGAGCAUUUCCAUUUAAUAUGCAAGAGCUGGUACUCAAAGUGAGGAUUCAGAACCCAUCUCUUCGAGAAAAUGACUUCAUUGAAAUUGAACUAGACCGACAGGAGCUCACUUACCAAGAACUGCUCAGAGUGAGUUGCUGUGAGCUGGGUGUUAAUCCAGAUCAAGUGGAAAAGAUCAGAAAGUUACCCAAUACUCUGUUAAGAAAGGACAAAGAUGUUGCUCGACUCCAAGAUUUCCAGGAGCUGGAACUGGUUCUAAUGAUAAGCGAAAAUAAUUUUCUGUUCAGAAAUGCUGCAUCCACACUGACUGAGAGGCCUUGCUACAACAGGAGAGCUUCAAAAUUGACAUAUUAAUGCAGCGGGACUUCAUCACUGAGUAUUGUGACAGUGUCACCUCUGGGCCAAGGACAAGCCAUUGAUCCAAAAGCCUCGGAUGCCCACCAGGGCCCCUGGUGCCACUGGGUAGUUAGUGUACACUAACACAUCAUCCUGUUUCAGCAGGUGGGAGCCCCUGACCCCCCAGCAGCGGUGCCAUUCUUCCAAGCCUCUUGGUGCACAAUAAACCUACUGCUGAAUCUUUGAACAGCUGAGAAGUAGUCUGGAGAGGCAGAAGCUGGAGGUUCCUCAGUCAGUGUUUUAUGUGCAGAAUCUAGAGAGUUGUCGAAGCUGAGAGAGCAGACGUAUUUCUAGCUACUCCUGUUGACAGUGCACCUGACGGGCCGGUGCACUUUUCUUGGUGUUGCAUGCUCAUGAUGCUCCUGAAAUUGUGAACUGACUAGUGAGAAAGACUGGGGAAAGCACAGGUACUGGGCAAAGGAAUUUUGGUGUGACUUGUGGCUGUGAGGUUUCAUUAAUAUAUUUAUAAAUGUUACUCAGGUUUAAAGUACUUAAGAAUACAGUUACCUAAUUGUAAAUAGGCUGUUAACCAAAAGAGCUUCCCCUCCCCCACCUUUGUUUUGUGAGCACUCACGCUGCGGCUGUCUCCCCAGUCAUCUCUGCAUUUCCUCCCCUCCACAGUCACUAGAGGGCUCUCUGAUGCUUUCCAAAAAGCCACUGCGUUUUUAUUCUGAGGCUGCCCCUGUCAUCCGUGUGUUUAAUUGCACCGUUCAAGAGCACAAACAUCGCUGGUCCAUGUUCGCCACUCAUUUCCCACCAGAAAUGAAAAGCAAUUUUUGAGUCUGAAUCUGUUGCUGUUUUCAAGGUUAUUGUGGGAAACUGAACUAAAGGAGUUAGCAUCUUUAUUUUUGUAUCAAAGAUAAAGGUUAUUUUGGAAUUAUUAGGAUUUUUACAUAACUCUGAAAUCUGUUGCUUUUGUAACAAAUUGUCGAUCUUAGGAACGCCCCCUACUACCACCACUAAUCCACUGGACAAAGUUAGUUGUGAGCCUGCCAGACUUAAAAACAGAGCACCCGAUUAAACUCUGAAGAUGGCAUAAGAAUUUUUUCUAAGAGUGCAUUCAAGGAAUCUUUCCCUUUUAUUCAGCAUCAUUAAAGUAAAAAAGAAAUGCCUCUGUUUCAUUGAAACAAACAGCUGACCUUGGAAAUAUGACCUAGCCCACACAGACUAAUGAGAGAGCAGGGGGUUGAAGGCAGCUGUUGAGGAGCAUCCCCGCUGUCUUAAGAAGCUUUCUCCCCAUAGUGCCUAUAGUUUCCAAAGAAACUUCCUCACUGUAUUAACUCAAUUUUAUUAGAACACUGCAAUUGAUGCGCAGAAGGUGUCAGAGGAAAUGAAUGUUUUGCUAAGAUAAUGGCCUCCCGCUGCUGCCUAAAUGCUGAAAUGAGGUUGAGGUGUUCUUCAAGGCCAACUCCACGAAGUCACUGUGCAGUGACUUAAUUGUACCCCCUCCCCCACAGCUGGUGACUUACCUUUGUAGAGUGUUUGCAUAGCAGAGUGGAGGUCAUCACCCCCUUUCUCCCAAGUGCUUUAAUGAAGAAACUUACCUUGUGUUUCGACCAAUCAGAAAUUACUUUAUCUAAAUGUACUAACCUUUUUUUUUUUGUUUUUGCUUUUGAAAAACUUAGAGUUUACUGAUACAAUUAAGUGUGGUUCUAUCUUGGAAGAAAUAAAUUCAGUAUUAAUUCAUGUCUAAAUGAGUGAGGUUGAAACUCUUUCAGCCACCCUGUUUGAUGAGAUCUCAGAAGCUGUGGAGGCCUAGCUGGGAGCUGGUCUAAAAGGUGUACUCAGAAGCAGGGGAUCAGGGUCUUGGUGUCUGGGGUGGCUGUUCCCUUGCACUAGUCCCUCUGCUCCUUUGCUGAAGCCCUCUCUGGUCAGUGCCUCUGGCAGUGGGGUAGGGUGUGACUGCACAGUUACUGUUAGGUGAGUUUGAAGUCUUAAUCUAUGCAUUCAGAGAAAUAUUUUUAUAUGUUUUGUGUAAUUUAUAACAAGUUUUUUGUUUUAUUUGUUUUUUUUUUUUUAGCUUUGUUAACUAAAUUCACCUCUUUUCCUCCAUUGCAUAUUUAAAGCAUGUGUUCACAGUGUGUGUAAACAUUCACAGGAGACCUUUUUCUUUGUGCGUUGCUGACUCUUCAAACAUAACAGGUAUUAUUAAAAUUAAAUAUUAACUGACAA